AUGGCAGCCUUGAGCAAGUUCAUCUCUAGACUCUCCGACAAAUCUCACGUCUUUUUCGGAACUCUCAAGAAUUCGAAGGAUUUCCACUGGACGGGAGAAUGCGAAUCCGCUCUCCAAGAGCUAAAAUCGUAUCUCACCACUCCUCCUCUCCUGUCCAAGCAAUUACUCAGUGAAGUCCUGCUGCUAUAUCUAGCGGUCUCCGAACACGCCGUGAGCGCCGUCUUGGUUCGCGAGGAGGGAAACAAGCAGCUACCAAUCUAUUACGUAAGCAAGGCUCUCCUAGACGUGGAGACCCGCUAUAGCCACCUAGAAAAACUGGCCUUAGCUCUGAUAAUCGCCGCUCGCAAACUCCGACCCUACUUCCAGGCUCAUCCAAUCGUGGUUGUUACCUCCUUCCCUCUCUGGGGCAGGAGGUACGCCUCCAAGCCGAGAUUAAGGAAGAAGGAGAAUGGAUCCUACACGUCGAUGGAUCCAGCAAUGUCAGAGAUGGCUGAAUUCUCCCAUGCCUUGCUCCCAGUUCUGGAGCAGGAGGAACAAAAUUCACAAGCCAAUGCCCUAGCUAAUCUAGGGUCCGCCCUUGAAAUGAAUAGCCAGAUGAGUAUCCCCUUGCUCGUGCUUCAAUGGCCAGCUACCUUGGAGGAACCUCCGAUAGAGGAGGUCUCUGCCGUCGAAGAAGGCGAAACGUGGACGACCCCCUUAAUCCGGUACAUGGAGGCUGACAUCCUCCCAGAAGACCGUAGCAAGGCCAGAAAGAUUAAGAAGCAAGCCGCGAUGUACUGUAUCGCCCAUGAGAAGUUGUACCGGAGAUCGUCCAUACCUGAGGUGUGUCACACCCCGAGAGGCUGCUAG